GGGCAGUGGUGAUGUCACUUCCUCCCCUGCGGGGCCAGGGACACAGGUUAUAAGCAGCUGCCGCACCGUCCAGUGCAGCCGCUGAGCACUCUGGUCAGGACGCCCCACCAUGCAGCACCGCGGGCCCGCCUCUGUGCUGCUGUUGCUGCCGUUGCCCCUGCUGUUGGCGCUGCUGCUGGGGGCAGCCACCGCUGCUCCCUUGGCGCCAAGAUCCUCCAAGGAAGAGCUGACUCGCUGUCUGGCCGAGGUGGUCACGGAAGUGCUGGCGCUGGGCCAGGCCCAGAGAAGCCCCUGCACAGCUCUCCUCCACAAAGAAAUAUGUCAGACAGAGCCUUAUGGCUGUGUGUCCGCCAAAGAGAAAGACCUACCGCUUGGGGAUUUCAAGAAGCAAGAGGCUGGGAAGACGAGGUCCAGCCAGGAGGUGAGGGAAGAGAAAGAGGAGGCAGAGAGGGACCACGUAUCUGAGGUACGGGAACAGACCAUCCACGAGCAGCUCCACAGCCGGCUCCGCCAGGACGAGAAGAACGAGGAGGAGGAGGAGGAAGAGGAGGAGGCAGAGGAAGAGGAGAAGAGGAAGAAGAGGGGGCCCAUGGAAUCUCUCGAAGGUGAAGGCCUGUGGAGGCAUCGCCUAGAGGGCAGAGGGGGCCCCCAGAAGCGAGUGGCAGAGCAGGCCAGUGACGAGGAGACAGCACAGUUCGAGGCGGAGGAGAAGGGCCUGCAGGUGCUAGGCGAGGGCGGCGGCCUGUGGCGGGGAGCCGAGGGGGGCGGAGGAGAGGGACACGAGGACUCGCCGCACCGCCACCGCCCCCACCAGCCAGAAGCUGAGCCAAAGCAGGAGGAGAAGGAAGAGGCUUCGGAGAGGGAGGAGCAUGACAUGGAGCGGCUGGAGCACGUGAGAAAGGAGCUGAAGAAGGCAACCGAGAUUCUGGGGGAGGAGAUCAGGAGGGAAGGAUGACUCCCGACACCCCCUAUGGCCUAGGACCGUGGACCCCCAAAGCUCACCUCACUGCCCACUCCGUCCCCCGGCCUGCAGGCAUGGGGGAAGGGUGGGCUGUGCGACCGGGCCCAGGGCCUGAACCUGAGCUGGGCAGAGGAGCUGGGCUCACUGACUCAGGACACACCCGGCCCCCCCGUGUCACCCCCUCCGACCCCUCCGUGUGAAUAAAGCACAAAGA